AUGGAAGCUGCUAAAACUGGGCAUGAUCUCGGGUUACGCAUUAUAAACCUUGUUUGCCCCAUAAAAUUUUGCAUAACUUUUUUUUUAAUACUCUUGGGUAGAAAUUGAAGACAAUGCUCACGCAAUAUUUUUGGGGCAAACAAGUUGUGUUAUGGGAGAUGUGCAAAUGGCGAACAACAUUUUUCUUUGGAAUAUGGCCUUUUUUAAUGGAAAAUAGAUUUGAAAACAACAAACAGACAAUUGAUGUUCUUUCCUUCCUUAUAAACUCGCGGAAGCAGGAAAACAGGCUGCAGUACUGAGGCCCUGUGGGUAGCGAUAGACUUAAGGUGCUGGUAGACACCACGCAGUACUGGAGAGCGAACUGCUUCACAGUUUAGCGUCCUCCAAAAAUUGUCCGUUUUAAAAUGUUGUUUUGAAGAAAAUCCGUUCUGUGCAGAUGAGGCCAGGAAAGAAGAAAUCUUGUUCACCUUACACGUUUUGCACCCCAUUCUGAAAUUGGGGCGGAUUGUAAAGACUCGUAGGUCAAUACAGGAAUUCUUUUCAAGGCGGCUAAUUCGCGAAAUUUUUCCCUUCCACGAAUUUUUUUUACUUCGCCCAAUCCAUGUUAUGAUAAGAAAAGUGGAAAUCUGUAUCUCUUCGACUGUCUGAGAACGGUAUCAAAUGUUUUCUGUAUUUAGUUCCCAGAGAGAUCAAAGCACAAGGACCAGAAGCAAAGCUUGCUUAUCGAAAUGCCUUGAAGACUGGAAAGGUAAAAGUGUACCGUGCUCGAAUCAUGCUGAUCGGUCAAGAUCGAGCAGGCAAGACAAGCUUAAAAAAAUCGUUCUUAGAUCUACCAUUUGACCCUGAGGAAGACAGCACUGAUGGAAUUGAAGUUGAUCCAUCAAAAUUCGAAGUCGACGUCGAUCAAGUAAAGAACUGGAAACGCACCGAUAAAAAGCUAAGUGUGUCUCAAUUUGCCUUGGAUCUUGCAAAAAUGGUGGCUAAAGAAAUACAGGAACGAGGUAAAGACAAAGAAGAAGAUGAUGAAGAGGACUGCGACGACGACUACGAGAAAGAAGGAAAAAAACAAAAAGCAAAAAACUCAAAGCUGGAUUAUCCUAAUGAAGAUACAAACAAACAGACAAAAAUGGGUCAGGUUAGUGACCAAAAAACAACCCUAAAUUAAAAUACGAACGAAUCAAACCAGGAAGGCACAAAAAAAAAAAUCAGCAACAACAAUAAGAAAUUCUUCAUACCUUAACAGACUACAUGAUAAAAAUUUCACUGGUCUACGUAGCUGUCGAGUGUUGUAGUUUUUUGGCGACGAAGUCGCUAGAAGGUUUGGAUUUUCCCUCGAGGCGUCUUCCACGAGCUUCUACGUGGCAGCAAGAAAGUGCCCCGGGCAUAACAAUCCUGCCAGCUACACAGGCUGAAAAUUCACUUGCUUGGUUAUCUUCAUCCAAGUGCAAAUAACCUGUUGUGGACUAGAAUAGCAAAUCACCAGACACUAUUAUCGGAUCGUUUAUAUACGUUGUGGUUCAACUUUUAUCCUUGAUUUAAACUUUGUUUUAAACUCAUUAUCAUACAUUACCAUACCCAAAGACAAAGGGAAUCAAAUUUAAACCAAGGAUAAAUUUGAACCACAACAUAUGUAUACAUGUAUGUGAAAAAUCAAUUUGUCAGUAAUCUGUUAAGUUUAUAUGGUGAUUCACUGUUGUCAACCUGAAACGACUAAUGUAUUUAUUUUUAUCAAAACUUGUAGUCUGGUCUUAACUCUCCUGGAGAACCUCGAUUGUCAAAACCGCCAGUGGUUAACUCCCAGAUGAAUCAGGUAAAUAUAACGUUUCUCUGGUUGUAGCCUAAAAUUCUCUAAACCUUAAUUCAUUAUGAACUUCCGUCAAAAGAAUUCAAGAAAGGGAAGUUUUUACACACACCAGCCCGGGUUUCAAUUUUCAAUUUGGCUUAGCCUUUAUCAGAAGAUAACGGAAAAUAUGAUUACUACACUAAAUAACAGUACGUCGUUAGCUAACUAGAAUGUAAAAGGAAAAGAAAUAUUUAGCGUUGUUGCAGAUCCAGUUUUCUGUUUUUCUUUCUCUUUUUUGCGAUGUUUUUCGAAAACAGGUAUUCAGUAGGACAGUCUCUCUCCUCUUCUGACUUAUAGGUUUGAUCAUUGCAGAUUAGGCUUUAUUGUACCAAGGCGCCCUCACUGUUCCAGGACAGUAAGGCGAAAGGAAAGUGGGAAUUGUAAUGAUUGUGAGUCGUCUCUUAAGAAACUAUCUCCUGAAAACUUUCUUUCAUCUUGGAGUAAAAGAAGGGGAAAAACAAAGUGUUGUGUGGCCGGGAAUGUGACUUUUCUUUAAAGCAAAAACUUAAUGAGCCUACGUAUAGUGUACGUUAAAGAUUUUGGGUAAUAGUGUUAUUUUUUUCUGGCUAACUCCAAGCACAUGAAUUUUAUUCGGUUAUAGCCUGCUGUACAAUAAACGUCGUGUUUUUACAAGUACAAAUAUGUACCCAGGUGUAUUUACAAAGCAAGUGCCUUAAAAGCAACUCGCUAACUUCUUAUCUAACACUUGACUUUAAAUUUUGACGUGUUAUUAUGGAAAGUUUGGUGGCUAUAAAUAGGAGCUAACCAUUUUCAAAUUAAUGUCUAUUAAGAGAGGAUCUUGUGCUUAUCUAUUAACAUUACAGGUCAGUGCUCCACCCCCAAUGGUUAUUUUUUGCUUAUUCAGAGCUUUAUAUUCCUUGUGUAUUUACUGUAAUGAGUAGUAUAAUGAAUUACAGUGUGUAACCUUCACAUAGUUUUAACUCUUCGUCUACCAUUGUUACCUUACCAAGGGUACCUCGCGCUUUGCUUAUUUCCAGUUGUCCAUCUGGCGUGAUCUCUCGAAGUGUGUCUUGAAAUUAUAAACAUGUUUAAAAACUGGAAAGGCUGCCGUUAUCAGGGAAAGAUUCACUUCGGAACACAGUUGCAGUACAGUUUGGUACUAACAGAUAUUAUGUUGAAAUAUCUCGUGUAUCAAUAUACACGCACGAUAAUACAGAAUAUCGAUCUUUUAUUCUGAGAGAGACAAACUGAAUGAAAGGACCGUCGCUUGUAAAACUCCCCUUAGUACAUAUUUUGUUAUAAUUGUCCAAAAGGUACAUGUUAACCAAUUUAAACACUUUAAACAAUUUAGGACACAUCCAGGAAAGCGAGAAAAGAGACAAAGACAGCAGCCCCAGCCGUUGAAUUAAACAUCGACGCUACUCUGCCCCCAGAAGAAUUUACGGAUUAUCUUGAUCAAAUUUUGAAAGGUCUAAACCUUCAGACUGAUGCAACAGCAGUUGAACAUCACAUGAUCCUUGAUCUGUGGGACUUUGCUGGUCAACAGCUGUACUAUGCGUCUUACCCAGUUUUUUUAUCGCCACGAGCAGUUUACAUGUUGGUUUACGAUCUCAGCAAAGGAUUAAACGACCUAGCUCAACCUUGCUUUAAACAGGGAGAUCGGAAAAUUCCUCUCGGUAACCCAAAUAAGGAAACGAAUAUGGAAAAUUUGUUGUCUUGGCUGGUUUCAGUCAGCAGCAUUUGUUCAUCAGAAUCAGAAAAGGCAGUGAAAGAUCAGCCCCACUGGCGCCCUCCAGUGUUCAUUGUAGGAACACAUGCGGAUAAUUUUAAACAACAUCAAGAAGACAUCGACAAGAUCGAGUCGCAGAUUAAGAGGGAAAUAUUUGAAAACAGUCAAAAUGUAAUCCGCCCUAUCUUCUCGGUUGACAAUACUCAAGGAUCGUCUGAUAGGGGAGUUAGAGCGCUCCAGAAACGCAUGAUUGAAGUUUUGAAACAAGAACCAUACAUGGGAGAGGAGAUACCAAUUCGGUGAGUUUUUAGUGGAGAAUUCUGAAAAAAAGGUUAUUAUAACUUUAAGGUUAUUAUAACUCUAAUGUAUAACGAUAUAUUGACUGAAAGUGAUAGACCUCUGAUAACAGAUGUUUAAGUGGUUAGACGUAGAAGUAAACUCGCACCAAAACUGAGGGUCUCAUUGUUUUACAUGCGGAGGGGAUGGCUGCAGUCCCUAGUGUGGGUUGUUGCUAUGUUAUGAUCUCCAAGAUAACGCUAAUACCUAUCAUGUGUUGGUGUAACUGGAACCUGUGGAGGUCUUUUAAAAAUAAACUAAAACGAAGUUACCGUAAAUUUCUGUUAUAUGAGAUAGUUAAUAGUAAGGGUCUGGUUAUUUUUUUAUGGUGUAAGGAGGGCAGGUGGGAUUUAAAGCGUAUUUCCUGAAAUUUGACUCCCCUCGUCGUUUAUACAACUAUACUACAUUAGAAGAUUUUUGUACUUGGUCCAUUGUAGUCCUUAAUAUUUGGGACGAGCCUUCCCCUACGCUUUUUCCACGUAAGGAAUUGAACAAACAAAAUAAUCAAAUACUGUUAAGUCUAGUCAAUUUCAUCAAACAUUGUAGCCUAGGAUCAGUCUGUACAGGGUAUUAAAUGUAAUUUUCUUGUAGGAACAUCAAAUGAUAUCGUUCCUGGAAAAUUUUAAUAUUCAAGCGUUUCUUACAUAAUUGUCGCAGUUUGAUGUUUUCUGAAGUGCGGCACAGAUCAACAACUGAUGCCUAAAAAAAGAUAGUGUUGUACCACGAUGUUUUGCUUUUGCUUGUCAGUGAUUUGUGAAACACAAGGAAGCGUGCAACAAAUAAUAAUAUAAAAAAACAUCGAAAAGUCCAUAAAGCACGACAUGUAGCCGAGAUUCAUGUGGAGUACGGUCAAUGUGGAGGUGCUUCAUUUGACAGGGCCUGUCAAAUUCGUCUUAAUUCAAGGAGAACGCACUUGUAGAAUUUUUUUUUCAAAUAAAAAGAUGAAUACCUUUACUUGUUUCGUUGUUGAUUUAUUAAAAGAUGAGUUUAAGAAUUAUAUGUAAUUUUAAUUAUUGUACUUAUUAAAACAGCUAUUCUGCGUUCCAUUUACCUUAUUAUGCCUUAUAAAGUUUAAAAACCACUUUCCCUUUAAACCACUUUCCCUUUCAGAUGGUUCAACUUCGAGAAGGUUGUCAAAGCUUUGGUUGCCAAGAAAGUGUACCAUUUAAACAUGGAACAACUUCAGACCAUUAUCCAGAAACAUUGCUUCAUUGAAAACAAGGAUGAGGUUGCCACAAUGUUGAAUUUCUAUCAUGACCUCGGCGUGAUUGUCAAACACGGCAACACAGUUAUACUUCAGGCUGAAUGGCUUAUUAAGCUGUUCAAGCAACUCAUAACUGUUCGCUGUUUUGAUGGCAUGGUAAGAAGAAAACGUCAGUUGCAUUUCCACACCCUCAAACUACAGUGUGGCUCUGACUUAAAAUACGAUCUGACUAGUCCUAGUGUGUUUUGCCUAUGUUUUGUCCUAGUGUGUUUUGCGUAUUGCUUUUUGUUGAUUGCUUUCUGUUAGUGCUGGACUGACUGAUUCCAUUGAUUCUACUAUUAGCGGCCCUACCUGGUGCCCUGGACCUAAAAGCAUGAAUUAAGCGGACACCCUCUAUUAAGCGGAAAGUAGGCAAAGUCUUUUACAGUACUGUUUUCUCAUUUUGUUUUGUUUGUACAGAUCUUAUUUUACUCAUUUGAUCCCCUAAAAUUUGAGGUACAAUCUUCUUUUAAAGUAUUUUGAUUAAUUGGUCCGCUCAGAUAAGAAAUUAAUGCAAACAUAUAUUGUCAUACUCCGAGUCUCUAGGAGUAUUCCAAACGUUUCCACCAUUCAUUUGAAUGGUAUUUAACUCCUAACAUGACAUUCUCUACCGAAACCUGUAUAAAGCGGACACUAUACCAUUCCCCAAGAGUGUCCGCUUAAUGCAGGUUUCACUAUAUCAUGUUGCCAGAAAACGCUUUCUUCUCUUGUGUAUCCUCCCUUGUCAUUACCAUUGCCUCACAUGUGUGUUUUAUUUUUCAUUGUCAUUAUUUUUCAGGAACCAAGGCAUUGUACAUUGUGGAAAGAAAUGGAGAAAACAGGUGUUCUUAACAUGGAACUUGUUGAACACGUGUUUUCCGAGUUUUGUCAGCAAGGAGUAGCCAAGGAGGAUAUUCUUAAAAUGAUGAUGAAGUUUGGAUUGAUCGUGCAAUUUGCCCUCUCACCAACAGAAGAAAAAUAUUUUGUACCAUGCCAACUAAGGUCACCUCCUGACAACGUGUGGAUAAAGGAACUAUCGCCUGGAGAUCCAUGUCCACUGUACCUUGACUUUCAGCAAAUGGGCUACGUGCCUCAUGGUCUCUAUUUACAGCUUGUGUCACGAUGCACCAAAUGGUGCUCUACGAGUGGAUUCAAGAGACCCCCUAAAUUGUACGAUGGGGCAUCUAUGUUUCUCAUUGGGAAGGAGCUCACUCACCACAUGAUGCUUGUGUGCAAGAAAAGAUUCGUCAAGGUCGUUUUGAAGCAAAUAAAACGAAAUGAUGGGUCCUCAUGUGAGCCGGUAUCAGCCAAAGAAGUACCGUUUCUGGUACGAACAUUUUUGAAUGAGAUGAUGCAAAAUCUGCCAGAGGCACUUCCCUGGCUUAAAAAUGUAGCUUACAAACUGUGUGUUAAGUGUCCUUAUUGCCUGAAAGUGGAAAAACGAUGUGCUAAUCAUGACCAAUUCCCUUGCCACGACGAGCGCUGUUUGUGUCUUCUGACCGUUGCGCCAGAUGGAUCUUGCGAGUACUGUUUAGAGAGCCAUUUGGAUGAAAUUCUUCCGCUUCCUGAACUCAAAAGGUGGUUCCCGAGCGGCAGCGAGGAUUCCUCGAUCAAAGGUGGGGCUUAUAAUGAUAAAAAAAGGUUUCUCUAAAAUUUCAAAGUCUUAAAUUAUUUGAGUUUGCGUCUUGUUAUUACCCAGUAUCAUGGCCGUAGUUUGUCAAUAGAGGUAGAUUCCACUAUUUCACCUAAUAUUGCAAGAAUACAGUAGUAGGGAUGGACACUCGAUCCUAUUUAGCCAUUGCGCAUGUCAAUUAAGAUUGCGCCCAGUGUUCCACUUAAAGUCUUGGCCUUUCUGUACUUGCAGUAUUAAAAUGAAAUGUUGUGCCAGUAUUGAUAGGACUGUCAAAACUGUUUCUUUCAAGUUUGGGUUGGGUUACAGCCACCUCGUAUCGCUCCUUAUCGAUAGCAACUGGAGGCGAUCCGAGGUGGCAGAAUUUACCUUGCAAAAAACCCCGUCAAUCAAAGUAGUCACAAUAUCGCCGCAACAUCGGCUUACAACAUAUGUUGACGUGACCUUGUUGUGAGCCGAAAUUCAUUACAUCUAUAGUUAAAUUGUAUUUGCGUUGCAGAAAAGUUCAUGCCACGAGAAGGAAACUGGGACGAGUUAAGUUUUGCAAAGACUUCUGGGACUGUUACUAGGGACAGGGGAACAAAACUGGCCAAUAGCUGACCAGCACGUCACCAAUAACGAUCCCAGAGAUCUUUUGCACUAGGUAACUCGGCCCAGGGACCUGUUUCUCGAAAGUCCUGGUAACUUUACGAGCCCAAAAAGAUGUUUAAUGUUUGCCAUAUUUGCAUUAUUUAUAUUCAAGAUCAAAGGUUGAAUAAUUUUGAAAAUGAAACAAUCACUUAACGAAACAAAAUUGACUGGUUUGUCCUCUACUAUUCAACAGAUUGUUAUUUAAAAAUUUGCCUUUGGGCCCGUUAAGCCAACUAGCCUUUCGAGAAACGGGCUCUGUUUCUAAAAUGGCGAAUAGAAACAUUGUUGUCAUAAUUUUAUUUAAGUAGAUACUUCCGAAGAAGAGGUGGAAACACGUACUGUAUCUCAGAAAAGGUUGCCCACUUCCAUUCGCCAGUUUCCUGACAAAGAAGGUUAUCAAGGUAGGAUUUUUUUAGGGAUGUUACUAAAACGGGGAACGGGGAACGGGGAACGGGAAAAUGAAAAACGGGAUCAAAACCUAACUUGAACCCUAGCAACCUCGUUCCCAUGUUCUCUCUCCUACCCCUCGAGAGUCUGUAGGGAAGGGUAGGAGAGAACUCUGGGAACGAGGUUGGAACCGUAGCCCUAUCAGUACUUUUUCAUUGCCAAUUGUCUGUUUUGUUCCCAUUUUUCAUUUUCCCUUUCCCCGUGACUCGCUCCCUGUUCCCCGUUUCCCGUUCCCCGCACCCUUCACCCGGUUCCCCAUCAUAGUAGCAUCCGAUAUUUUAGUAUUGGAACUUAAGCAACUGGUUCUGUGCAGUUUAUAAUCAUUCCCAGAAAAACAGUUGGUCAAUUAAAGAUGUUUUGAUUGUAAUAGUUUCGUUUUGAUUGUUGUGAUUCAAGGUUUAAUUUUUCGUAACUUGCUCAUGCUGACCAAACUUGGAAUAUUCACCUCAAUAAUUCUUCAUAUCAUUGUCAGAUCUCAUCUAGCAAUUGUUUAUUAUUUCAUAACAAUUAACGGCUUUACUUAUUUCCGAAGUAGACGUAUUUCCGACAGGCCGAGUAAUUUAUUUGUUUUUCCCUUCUUGCUUAGUCACAAGUAGUAUAGUGGGCAAAAAAGUAAAAUCAAACUGACGAGUAACAGGAACUUAGUAGAAUUCAAAAAAGAGGAAUAUAGGAGCGAAAAAUAGAAUUGAGGAAGUAGAGAAAUUGCUGAACAGAAAUGCUUACAGUAGCUAGUAGGGCUAGGGUGCUUCCCAUUUAUUCUAAACCGACCGGUGCGACUAACCAACGGAAAAUGGAACGAUUACUCGAUCCAAAGAAAUUUUCCGGCGGUUUCAUUGAAGACUUCCAUUAAAAUUUCGAGCAAAGUUUUGGUUACUUCUUCGUGUGUGUGUGAAUGAAAACAAGAAUUUAUGUAAAGGAACCGCGCGGUACGUUGCCGUCUGACCGGAUCAACGGGUCAAAGGGAACCAAUUCCAGAGAAAAAAUUCCACUCGGAACGAGUGUCUCGAUCGAAAUUUCCAGACAAUUCGUCACAAUGGAAAGCAAGUAUGCCUUUGCCAUUUAUUUAAAUACGCAGUAUUUAGGGCCAAAUACGUGAGCCGGGCUGGCCCGUUUUGCCGUUUUGCCGAGAUCUCGGCACCCUAAAUUCAACUUUCAAACUCGUUCCCAGGGUUGGCAGGGUUGUUCAACUUUGUGAUUACAUGACCAUAGAGAUAGCUCGGCAACUAGCCUCCCCGCAGACGUCCUUUGGGGUUCGUUUGUCACGCAUUCAUUUCUGAAAUGAAUGCGUGACAAACGAACCCCAAAGGACGUCUGCGGGGAGGCUACUCGGCAACUUGACAAAGGGUCCGAGCCCGGAUCAUGUAAUCAGGCCCUUGCUCUAAUAAACUAAAAAAAGACCCCCUACAAAUCAAUGAGAUUCCUUCGCAAGAAAAACAUAGGCACGUUUAACGUGCAUACGCUAUUUUGAAUUCUUUAGUGUAACCGUACCAAGAAUAAUGAAUCAACCUUUUUCGUCCUAAAUGUUAUUAUAGACAGGUUGUGCGAAAUUGGGUAUUGCUGUACAUGAAUGAAUACGCGAAACGCUCAGCUGACUCGAUCCUCAUGCUAUACAUUCACUGUCCUCUGUCUUUCCAUAAUACAUCUGGUGCAAGUUAAGCGAAAUUGUUAAAGUACAUUAAAUAUCACUGUGAAAAACCAAUCUGCACGAGAUGUACAGUCAUACAGCUGGCACGUGAAAGUGUUGGACUUUGCCCCCUUUCGUGCAGAUUGGUUUUUCACAGUAACAAUAGUGACUUGAACGUAUGAAGACCUGCAUCAACUCGCAGUACCUCCAACCUUAUUGGCCCCUGCAACCCACAUCCGAACAGACAAAGCCACAAAGCCACAAAGCCACAAAGAUACAUACGUUCAUACCACUGACAUAUGAGCUAUUUUUUCAAAAUAGCUCAAAACUCAAAAUUUCAUGCUUUUUAUACUUUUCCUCUCAUUUUUACUUUCAUGCGAUUUCUUGGGGCUGCAGUCAAGGAGGGCGUUCCAACGGACGAAGAUCUGGAACGCCUGUCAGUGAAAAUUGAAAAGUGGAAACCGCUUGGGCGUCGGCUAAAACUUGAAUCCUCAGAAUUAGAAGCACUUCACAAGGACAACGAAGAAUGGUCUGAGAAAGCAUUUGCAAUGCUGAUGAAGUGGAAACAAAAAAAGGGUUCCGAUGCUACUUACCGUUGUUUAUAUGAUGCCCUCUGUCAUGAUUUAGUGAAUCGGAAAGAUUUAGCGGAAGAAUUUUGUUGUAGCUGUUCUAAACCGGAAGGUUAACUGAAGUGUUGUAAAUCAUAUUACAGGUGAGAAUUUCAAACGUCUUAUUUGAAUACUCAUUUUUUAACAUUUCAGGUUUCAAAGCUUUUAACUCAUGUAGAACUCAAGACCAUUUACACUAUCAAUUCUUUGGUGGUGUAAAUGGAAGGAUGUGGAAAUUAACCAAAAAAAACAUGUCACGUGUUUUCAUUUACACCGCUACUAAGGAAAACGAACAGGAAAACGUGUCCACUUUCUGGUAGAGUGGUUCCCUGUGAAGGGAGGGGAUGGAAACUGAGGGGGGAUGGAGUGGGGAUGCCUUACCGCUUCUUUCCCUCUCCCCGUGUAGUAGAGGUAAAGCGAGCUUAUAUUGUGGAGUUUAUAACAUCCUUUUUGUAGUGACAACUUUAAACCUAGCGUAACAAGUGUUGUCUUUGUACAAGUAUACUCCGGGACAUUUUUAAAGUGUUUACUUUGUUUUGCGUGCGCCUAACAUUGUUAUGCGCAGGAAAUGCGUUUCAUCUGAUUUCAUUCAAAGCUUUUCGAUAAGUAAGAGAUGGAAUGGUAACCGCGCCACAACUUCGACGGCACGGUUCAUCCGUCUUAUGUGAAUCUGUAACAGGGCAAAUUUAAAAUGUAUAUCCGUCACGAAUUUACUUGUACAUUAAGACAGUAAACAUACCAGACGGAUUAUCCGUCUUUAGGCUGAAAACUCCCUUUGGGUUUCAUUGUUGAUCGUUUUAUUUAACGGCGGGUAGUAGUUAGUGAUGGACUGAAAUUUUUUCAGAUCUACGUGACAAAGGACGUCAGCGAAAGAAGAGCGGUGAAAAGAAAUUAUCAUAAAGCAGAGCAGAUGACUGAAGGUACUCUAAAUGUCAUAACGUUACGUUAAUUAGAUCCAUACGUAGGACAACAAUACGCAGCAUUACAGGUGUAUUUUGUCCUGUUCGACCCGGUGGAUAAAAACGUGUUUGUUCAAGAACCAUGAGACUAUUACAACUGGAACGGAGGCCCAUCGUUCUUGAAAGAAACUGAGGAAGAAUUAUUUGCAAUUUUUCACCAUUGUACAAGACUCCACAUAAAACGUAUAUUAAUAAAAGAAAAUCAGGAGAUCUUAGAGCAAAGGUCCCUUACAUGCACCCUUCUCCUGGUCUGUUGAGUAAAUUUUCCGGGGUAGAUAUGUGAUUAUUACUCCUUGAUAAGACGGAGACGCAUCACAUUGGUGAAGACGAAAACUUUGCGUAUUCAAAGACCAUACCAAAUUGUAAAUAUAUUAUUAUCUACUUCCCUCAGGGCUUUUCAGGGAUAAAUUACAACACUGGUUGGGGGACUUUUGACAAAUUGCUUAUGGUGCAGUUUACAAUUAAUGAGGUGAUGAGUUCAUGACAAGAGAACAAUUCUCUUGGUUAUGAAUGCCCCCAAAUGUGAAUGCGAAUUUAAGAUAGACCUCUACAUCGGGUACUACUCCCACCACAUUUUACGAAUAAUGUGUGGCUUCUUUAACAUCCCACUUAAUAUGCAAGGUUGCGAAACGGGGUCUACGGUUUAUCUUUCCCAUGCGAGAAGACUAGAAAGUCUAGCGGUUUGCAGAUGUCAUUGCAAAAGCAACAGGGUCUCCUUAGUUAUUUUAAGACCCCGAGUGUUGGUUUGACCAGGAUUUGAACCCUCGACCUCCUGCUUGGCAUACCGGCGCUUAUCCAACCGGGCAGCAGUAUCGUCUAAAAUCAGUGGCUUUCGCUAUAACGCCAUGUUUACUUUUAUGAUUUUUAUUCUAACCUUUUCUCUCUGCAGCCGGUUUGGUUUUAUCAGCAGCUGCUGCUUCUGUAGCUUAUGGAUUCAGCCAUGGUCUGGCACCCAUCAGGGGAUACGCCCCUCUUCGUUCUUAUUAACAGCAUUCACGGCUCCUUCCCUGAUCUCCACAAUCAUCAUCAGCCCCGUCGACCAUCUCUAACACUGGCGGACCCUUGGGUAGCGAUCUUUAGCUCCUUGUUGGUUCUGACUUGUCUAAAGUUACACUGGACGAACCCGAGUUGAAGAGUUGGUUCGUGAAGGAGGUAAUAAGGCCGCAACCUCGAAGCCUUUCUUGGAUAUUUAUACUAUUAUUAAACAACAGUGUUUAUGGCUCAUCUUUACUGAAAGCAGCUCCAAGAAUAAGUAUUUUAUUCGGUAACCAACUAUUUGUUAGGAAAGUUGUCGAGCUUCGCUGGGUUGCAAAGUGGACAACUCAACGUUGAACUCUGACGUUUGUAAUGAAGGGCGUUAGUCAGGAAUCAUCUUCACCGAGGAUGCCGGCCUUUGUGAAUCAGAGACCUCAAACUUGUUGACAGGAUCGUCAUUUAACUUAGGUGGGCUUUGAGGUUGUAAGACACAGUGAAGACAGUUGAAAGGAUAUUAUUACAAUCAUUGAUUAGUCAGGAACAAGUUAAGCGAUAUUAUGAAAUGGGGUUAUGGGGUCGGUCAGAUCAAUGCAAUAUAUAGGCUGCUGCUAAAUAUAUAACGUUAGCUGGUUAUCUCCCAAACAUAGGCCGUAACAUUUUGAUAUGUCAACAUGUUGAAAAGCAAUUUCUUUACUUAUUUAAGUAUAAACUGUAUAAAGGUUUGAACUGAAGCUUCUGCGAGAUAAAACCUUCGUUUUUUUGUAUUCUUCACAGAAGACGACUGGCCACAGACUGAGAUCCGGGAACGGCCCGUGCCCCAGUGUUUGUCCGCUAAUCAGGAAAAGAAGCUGGGUUCACGAAACCUUCGUUGGAUAUAUUUACUAGAAAGAGGUUAGGAGUAUGGCUUUAUAGAUUAGUCCCCUAAUUUGUUACAAUAUUAUUGAUGGCAGAGAUAUCCAGCUUCGCUGGUCUGUAUGAGUAUAAUAACUAUGCGUUUCCUCCUUACACCCGUAACGAAACGGAGAAUGAUUGACACUAAGUGAGAAAGGGCUCCAGAGAGAUCGGUUUGACCGUCAGGUUUCACUUAAGCUGAUCAUUUUGCGCUAGUGUCCUGCUCUUUUUGGCUUCACGGUCAGAUAGUUAUUCCACAAACGCCGGCGGACGUACCCUAACAGGGAUUUGCUGCAUAAGCGUUUUAGUUUUAAAAUUUGUCGUUUAAGAUCUAAAGUUCUCUUCAUAUCUGUUCUCUAGCAGAGCCCGUUAGCCCAGGGCGACAUACUUGUGUCCUUACAAGGAAUCUUAGUUUCUGCAGAAAAAACCGAGCACUGCACAUCCUGAAUUUCAUAGGUGCUGCACGUUUUUUUUUAGACUACAGCUUUACUUACAUAGCUUUCUUGACGUAAGGGCCACUUCUUUGUUGAUCAUAUAUUCCUAAUCGUCCAGAAAGUAAAAACCCUUAUAUGGUACACGAUAGUUAUUAGCUCCCUACCCGGACGUAUUUUCGUACGUCGCGCAACACUUCAUCUCAGUUUGGAAGGACUGUUGCAUGACGAGCCAAACGUAUGUUCGUGUAGGAGGCUAGAUGAAAAUGAUAUUGUUGUAAAUUACGAUACAAGUAGCUGAGUAAUCGGCGAGAAGAUGAUCUGGCCACUCAGAGAAGAUCACGCGUCUAAGGUGGUUUAGGGAAGAAGAAAUUCUCCUUUUCACAACAAAGUGAAUAAUUUUCUUUUGGCUUGAUUAUUAGCAGGCUAUGGCAGAGAUGCGGAGAAACACUCGCCUCAGUACUUACGACGCCCCCAGUACUCACGACGCACCAUCUCGUUUUCACGGUCCAGAAACCGUAAAGCCAGUUCAAGUGCCUCUAUAUCGUGCUG